GUCCAUUCUCGUCCUCAAAGCUCAGAUUCUCCAAAUUUCUCCGCCACAAAUCAGCUUUUGCCAUGGCGGAGCCCUAGCUACACUCAACCGUGGAGAUUCCUACCUGGCGACUCUCUUUAUUGCUUCUUUCUCUCUCUCCACCGCGUCACUCCAUGGACUGUGGCUGCGGCACUCCGUCUCCAUCCUUCUCAUGGCUCUCCUCUCCUCCUCCCGCUUUCUCUUGCUCUCUCCCUGGGCAGCUACCACGCCGUCUCGCUCUCGACGGAGGAACUGGUACUCUUACUGUUCCAUUACGGCCGCAACUCCUGCUGGAGCCAGAGCUAGCAAUGGAGUGAGUGGCGGCUCGAAGGGGAGGCCGUCGGCGAUAGUGUGGUUCAAGCAGGAUCUCCGCGUCGACGAUCAUCCUGGCAUUGUAGAAGCCGCCGGUUAUCCGGCUGUGGUUCCUGUCUACGUGUUCGAUCACCGGAUUCUUUCUCGUUAUUCCGAUGAAAUGCUCGAACUGGUUCUCUUCGCGCUGGAAGAUUUGAGGCAGUCCCUAAUUCGACUGGGAUCCAAUUUGAUGACCAGGUUUGGGGAUGCUGAGACUGUCAUCCAAAGCUUGGCGAAAGAGGUGAAAUGUACUAAUGUCAUUGCUGAGGAGGAGGUGGAGUAUCACUUGGUCAAGCUGGUGGAAAUGGUGGAGAAAACAUUGAUAGGAAUGCCAAUUUUGGAUAACAAUCCGAAUAUUGUGCGGUGGCGAACUCCAUUUUAUGAUUUGAAGAGCUUGAGGGAUUUGCCUGCUUCAUAUGAUGACUUCAAGAAACUAAAGGUGCCCAUUACUUCACCUGCUGGCAUGCCUCCAACUUUACCUGGUUCAGAACUGGAACUUGACUGGGGUGCUUUGCCGACAAUGGAUCAGUUGAAGAAAUUUGUGGAUCAGAAUCCUUCCAGAUUGAAAGAUACUUGGACGUCAAUCAAGGAGAUGUCAACUGAGACCGUAUUGCAGGAGAGAAACAGGAAACCACAGCCUGUGGAAACGAAGUGGAAAAGUUCUAACCUCAGUCUUUCAUCGAGAAAGAGACUUGGCAGUUCUGUUUUCAUUACAAAAGAACAGAAUUUUGUCGGAGGUGGGACCAGUAAAGUACUCAAUGGGUUGGCUGCAUACUUGAGAUACUUGGAGGGAACAGCACGUGAUGAUUUUCAAGAGGUACACCAGAGGUUGCGAAAUGCCGAGACCAGGGAUGGUGCUUCGUUUUUCGCACUCUUCGGCCCGGCUCUUUAUCUUGGCAUCAUAUCUAGAAGGAAAGUGCAUUGUGAAGCAAUAAGAUAUGACAAAGAAAGAAAUGGUGGUUUUCUUUCACCUUUUGGAUACUCAACCGUCACAAUUGCUGCAGCUGUUAAUGCUGUGUGCUCUAUGGAGUGGUAUUGGCUUGUGGCUCUAAAGUGUCAAUUUAGUAAAGAAGGAUCAUGUUCUACUCGGAUAUGGAGAUGGAAAGGCUAUUUAGUUCAGUAUACCGCUGUUGGCGGCCAAGGUCCUGCUGUCCUCCUCGUUCAUGGUUUUGGAGCUUUUUGGGAGCAUUAUCGGGAUAAUGUUGAUCAAAUAGCUGGAGGAGGCAAUCGUGUGUGGGCUAUCACACUUGUAGGGUUUGGAAAAUCUGAAAAGCCGAAUAUUGUGUAUAGUGAACUUCUAUGGGCUGAAUUGUUGAGGGACUUCAUCGUCGAAGUUGUGGGGGAACCAGUGCACCUUGCGGGCAACUCCCUCGGUGGCUAUGUCAUGUCUAUUGCUGCAUGUUGUUGGCCUGACUUGGCAAGGUCUCUCAUCCUAAUCAACAGCGCUGGCAAUAUCAUUCCAGGCUAUCGAUAUCUUCCACUUACCAAAGAAAGGCGGAUUCCUGGGCCAGCAUGGCUGGGAGCUCGCCUCCUAUUGUUCUUCUUGAGGUCGAACAUCAGAAGCACAGUGAGAAAUUGCUACCCUACUAGAACCGAGAGAGCCGAUGAUUGGCUUAUCAGCGAAAUGAUAAGAGCUUCGUAUGAUCCUGGAGCGGAGGAGGUCCUGGAGAGUAUAUUCAGCUUCAAUCUUUCUCUCCCUCUCAAUUAUCUAUUGGAAGGAUUUAAGGAACGAGUUCUUGUCAUUCAGGGAAUGAAGGAUCCAAUCUCCGACUCCAAAUCCAAAGUGGCUAUGGUGAAAGAGCAUUGCCCCGGGUUCGUGAUCAAGGAGUUGGACGCAGGGCACUGCCCACACGACGAGAGGCCUCAGGAAGUGAACUCCAUAAUCUGUGAAUGGACUGCAAAGAUAGAGAGUAGAAACCUUGCUUCGAGCUUUUCAUAGGCUGCCAGGGUGUACAUAAUUCAAUUGCCUUUGGCUCGCAUUUCAUUUUGGACCACAAUAGAACUGUUUUACUCCA